UCUCCUCUGUCUUGAUUUCAGCGGGGUGCGGAAAUACAAGCUGAAACCGAAUCAAUUGAGGGAGUAUUCUCUGUGAUUCCUGAAACUGCCUGCACUUGUCUCUCUCUCUCGAAUGUCGCUGCACGCGUGGAAGGAGACGCUCAAGCCCUGCUCGACCCUCCCUUCCUCGUCCUUCCUCACCACCGCCGACUCAACCUCCCCGUCGAAGCCCUCGCUGUCCCAACAAUUCGAGCCCGGAAAUCUCAGGAAGCCUCCCAAGUCGUCCCUCUCGCAGCAGCUCCUGCGCCUCCAGGGCUCCUUCCCUUCGGAGGACCGUCCCCCGCAUGUACGCGCUAAGGAGGACAGUGACCGCGCUGGAUUGAAGGAAGGAGGUGCGGAGGGCGAGGAGGAGGCGGAGGAGGAGGAGGAGGAGGAGGAGGAGGAGGAGGAAGUGAGGGUGCUGUUCGGGAGGCCGAAGUCGGCGAGCUUCCAGUUUGAUCACACCGGGCCGUUCGAACCGCUGGUCUUGUCUUCCGAAAGAGAAUCUCCCGUCGUUCAGGUUCCCUCAUCCAUCAAUUGCAGAUUGCUCGAGCAUCAAAGGGAGGGCGUCAAGUUUUUGUAUGGUUUGUACAAGAACAACCAUGGAGGUGUUCUUGGUGAUGACAUGGGGCUUGGGAAAACCAUUCAAACAAUUGCAUUUUUGGCUGCUAUUUUUGGAAAAGAUGCAGAAUCUGAUAUUCUUAAGGGUUCAAGGGAAGGUCAUUUACAGAAGAAGCGACCUGUUUUAAUAAUUUGCCCCACCUCUGUAAUCCAUAAUUGGGAAAGUGAGUUUUCUAAGUGGGCAACUUUUGCUAUAUCCUUUUAUCAUGGUGCGAACCGUGAACUUAUUCUUGAGAAGUUAGAUGCUCAUGCUAUUGAGGUACUAAUAACCAGUUUUGACACGUACAGAAUUCAUGGUAGCAUUUUGUCCGAUGUUAAAUGGGAAGUUGUGAUAAUUGAUGAGGCACAUAAGCUCAAAAACGAGAAAUCAAAGCUCUAUGCAUCGUGUUUAGAUAUCAAGACCCCCCAUCGUAUUGGUCUAACGGGAACAAUAAUGCAGAAUAAGAUCAUGGAACUGUUUAAUUUAUUCGAUUUGGUCGCACCGGGAUCCUUGGGGACGAGGGAGCAUUUUCGGGAUUUCUACGAUGAACCUCUCAAGCAUGGUCAGCGAUCCACUGCUCCAGAAAAAUUUGUGCAGAUUGCUGAUAAGCGAAAACAACACCUAGUGGGAGUUCUUCAUAAAUAUAUGCUGAGAAGGACGAAAGAGGAGACUAUUGGGCAUCUUAUGAUGGGUAAGGAAGAUAAUGUCGUGUUCUGCGCAAUGAGUGAAUUACAAAAAAGAGUGUAUAGGAGAAUGUUACAGUUGCCUGAUAUCCAGUGCCUUAUUAAUAAGGACAUCCCUUGUAGUUGUGGAAGCCCACUUAGUCAAGUUGAAUGUUGCAAGAGGACUGUACCAGAUGGGAUCAUUUGGCCUCACCUUCACAGGGAUAACCCUGAGGGUUGUGAUUCAUGUCCAUUUUGCCUUGUCCUGCCUUGCCUUAUCAAGCUUCAGCAGAUAAGCAAUCACCUGGAAUUAAUUAAGCCUAAUCCUAGGGAUGAACCAGAUAAGCAAAAAAAAGAUGCUGAAUUUGCCGCUGCUGUUUUUGGCUCUGAUAUUGAUAUGGUGGGUGGGAAUACCCAGAAUGAGAGCUUCAUGGGCCUGAGUGAUGUUAAACAUUGUGGCAAGAUGCGAGCCCUUGAAAAGUUAAUGCUCUCCUGGAUCUCUCAAGGUGACAAAAUUCUUCUGUUCAGUUACUCCGUCAGGAUGUUGGACAUACUUGAGAAAUUUCUCAUACGCAAAGGUUAUUGCUUUUCAAGACUGGAUGGUUCUACUCCAGCCAACGCACGUCAGACUCUUGUCGAUGACUUUAAUUCUAGUCCGAGCAAACAGGUUUUCCUUAUAUCAACACGAGCUGGUGGGCUUGGGCUGAAUCUUGUCAGUGCGAACCGUGUGGUAAUAUUUGAUCCAAACUGGAAUCCUGCCCAUGAUUUGCAGGCCCAGGACAGGUCCUUCCGCUAUGGGCAGAAGCGGCAUGUUCUGGUCUUCCGUCUUCUUGCAGCUGGCUCUCUCGAAGAAGUUGUUUAUUCUCGGCAAGUGUACAAGCAGCAGUUGUCCAACAUUGCUGUUUCUGGGAAAAUGGAAAAGAGAUACUUUGAGGGAGUGCAGGACUGCAAGGAGUUUCAGGGCGAGCUUUUCGGAAUCUGCAAUUUGUUCCGGGAUCUGUCUGAUAAACUUUUCACUAGUGAGAUUAUUGAACCACGUGGGGAACAAAGACUGGAAAGUGAAACACGCCUUGAUGCAAAGCACAAGUCAACUGAAUGGGGUAACAGUGAUGUUCCUCAAGAGGAAGUCAGCUCAACAAAGAUCUCUGAAAAUAGAAAGCUUUAUGAUCGACAAAAAGCUAUGACUAUUAAGCCAACACUUGAAGACUUGGGUAUUGUAUAUGCUCACCGAAAUGAGCAUAUCGUAAAUUUUGGUCCGGGAAUUGAAAUGAAUCCAAUAAACAUGCCCCAGAAUGAUAAGCAGCUCUCAGUUCAUUUUAAGAGUAAAAGAAAGCCUGGUCACGGUAGUGGAGAAACGGAGGCGUCUACAACCAGGAAUUCGAAAAGAGUUCAAUUUAAGCUUGUUGCAGAGUUCAAGGGUAUGAAUGAGAUCGAGUUCAGCAAGUGGCUAGUAUCGGCAACUCCUUUGGAACGGGAAAGGGUGCUUCAUGACUUCAAGGGAAGAAAGCGAAAGAUUCCAAAUGGUUGAAGUAUUCCUUAACAUUUGUAGCUGUAGAGCAAUACUAUAAACUGUACGACCAAAGGUCAACACUGUGCAUGUUGUACAAAAUAUAAUAUCCUUACUCGUCAUAUCAGUUUGUGCAGAUGUAAUUGUUUGAGGUGCCAGAAAAAGAAGAUGGGAACUCAGUGCUCAUCAUUCACAUCUGUUAUUCUACAUAGCCAUGUUCUCUUCUCACGUUGAAAUUGUGUAUAGAUCUCCAGUCAAAUUGAUUUGUAAUAUGUCGAUUACCUUGUGAGUUUUCUAGUAA